CCACAGUGUAAUCUACGUAUGAUUCUACUUUACUACCUCUUCAUAAACACUCAGUAACUACUGAGUGCUUUACGGGCAUGCGGUCGGCCGCGCGCCUCAGUAUCCUCGAGACUGCGCAUCAAGCUUGAAAGCAUAAUGCGCGCUCUCGUGUUCCCUCGGAUGUGUGUUUACUCGGUCUCCUCUCUCCACCCCUGAAAUGAGAGAAGUACGGAGUGGAAGGGACAUCGUUUUAGAAGAAACCCUGCAAGAACGGACAGCCUAAAAUAUCGAGUGAGGCGAAGGCAGCGCGCGAAGAGUUAAGGUGUAGGUCCAGCGGCGCGAGGAUAAAUUGAUUCUACAUCAAGGUCAAUUAUAUCUGCACUAUAAAAAAAUAAAGAAACUCUUGAGGAUGGAGCAGGCAUACGGGGCUGGCAAGGCUGGCGGCACCUUCGAUCCAAUCACGUUCUUUCAGCAACCGCAGACUAUUCUUCGAAUAGUGUCAUGGGUCUUCUCCAUUGUGAUCUUUGGAUGCAUUGCUAACGAGGGUUACGUGAAUCGUCCAGAGGAGGUGGAGGAGUUCUGCAUCUUUAACAGGAACCAGAAUGCCUGUAACUAUGGUGUGGGGAUGGGUGCACUGGCCUUCCUCUGUUGUGCCGCAUUUAUGGCACUGGACGUCUACUUUCCUCAAAUAACCAGUGUCAAAGAUCGCAAGAAGGCUGUGUUGGCUGAUAUUGGUGUUUCAGCAUUCUGGUCUGUCAUGUGGUUUGUGGGAUUCUGUUUGCUGGCCAAUCAGUGGCAGGUGGCCAAACCAGAGGAUAACCCACUCAAAGAGGGCGGAGACGCUGCCAGAGCAGCCAUCACCUUCUCCUUCUUCUCCAUAUUCACUUGGGCUGGUCAAGCUUUCUUCGGAUUCCAAAGGUACAAGCUAGGUGCAAGCUCCUCCCUCUUCUCACAGGACUAUAUUGAUCCCAGCCAGGAUCCUGCAGCGGCACCCCCUGCAGGCAUGGAAUACACUGAAUACAACACUGACAUGGAGGCUAAUUAUGAUGGCUCUGGUGGAUACCAGAACCAAGACUAUUGAGGUCAGGUGUAAGGAUGCACGCCACAGCCUAGCAAGCUAGGCUGGCGGGGUUAAAUCGGGGAAACAUUUGGGGUGAAAAAGACAAACUUAACAUUGGUACUUUAUUUUGGGGGCUCUGGGAGGAUUUGGGCGACCAAAGCAGAGUGAUGCGAAUUUGUUGUGGUUUAGAGACAGAAAAUAAGGGGAUUGUUUGGUGCUAAUACCCCUUGUGGAAUUUGCUGUGAGACUGAAGGAAGAAUUUGCUGUUAAUCUGGUCACAAGACAUGAUCAAUGAUUCUUUCAUUGGGUCUAAAGUGAUUUGAAAUUUUACAGUUUAGGGGCAAGGUCUUAAGAAUCUAAAUUGUGUGCCCCAAGAAUUUUUGCCUUCAGUUUUGGGGUUAUCAUCUAGGGGGAUAAUCUAGAUUAUUGGUCAGUAGAAGUUUUAUGUUCACCCUGACCAAACUUCACUAAUUUAUGAAUCAAUUUAGUACACUAUGUAAUAUCUACAUUUGUUAAAAGACAUCUUUUACUAAAUAUAUAGUAAAUUAUCUCUAACAUAGUCAAAGAAAUUGACUAGCUUAGCACUGGCAAUACCUGUGACAAAACCUGACCAAGCUAAAUUAUUCUAAAGACCGUGGUGUCUUCUUGUUGGUAAUGUGUACGUGCUUCAAUAGAAGGUGACCUUAACCCUUUGACUUCUGACUGGAACAGAUCUGUCUACUUUAUUAAUAGCUCUCUGCUGCGAUUUUGUCACUCUCUAAAGAUUCUGAAAGAUACUUAGAAUUAAUGUCAUGUAAUACAGAAAGUGAAAGAAAAAAGUGAGUAUACUGAAAGUGAAGUGUGAUGAGAGGAAUGAGUUGCAAGUUUUUAAAAACAAUGUACAGUUGGAGUAAGUAGCAAAUAUGUGAUAGCAUUAUUUAAGACCUGUUUCUUUAAAAGGUAUUGCCCUGUUUACAGAAAGGCAACAGUCCACAAGGAUGUGCAGUGGCCCCAAAAAGUAUUUGGACACUAAAGCCACACUUAACAUGUAUGAAUGUCAUUGCAUUAGAUUGCAAAAUAUCAAACCAAUAUCAUUUAUUUUAAUGCAAACUUAAAGUAAAACAUUCCACAGAAAUGCUUAGUUUUUUAGCUUUUACAUUAUAAAACAGUAGAUAUAGUGUAUUGAAGCACUUUCAGGUUUACAAAUUUGGUGGAGCAUGUCAGUAGUAAAUGUGAUGAACUACACCUGUGGUUACUUAGCUAGAAUGCCUGUGUAAACUUGAUGGGAACUUCAUAAAACCACCACCUUUUAUCCACCUCAGUUUGGUUAAAAGCAAUUGCCAAAAUGGCUCAGGAAAGUUAGUUCUGAGAAAAGGUCUAUCAUCAUUUGUUUGCAGAUGCAUCUUGGUUUGAUUUUUUUCUUUUUCUGUGCAAUGGAAUUAAUACAUUUAAGUGUGGCUUAUGUGUCCAAAUACUUUUGAGGCUACAUGUGAUUAUACAUGUUUUCAUAUGAUUACAUUGACAUUGUUGUUAAUAUCAUUUAAUCAUGAAUGUAAUUAUGUGUGGUGCACCACCGAAAUUUAUGAAACCUUGAACACAUUUUCUUGGUAACACUUUACAUUAACAUUCCCUUUGAUAAGGUUUUAUAAUGGGGUUUAUUAAUGACACAAGUCAUUUACAAAUGCAUUAUAAAUCAUUAAUGUGCAGUUAUAACAGCAUGAAUAAAAAGGGCAACUGUCAUGCAAUACUUGCCAAAUAGUGAGCAAACAUCAAAAACAUAAAAUGCCCUAAUUCAUGAUUUAUGUCACAAUGUAGCAACAAUAGACCAUUAUAGUGUGAAUGGAUGGAGGGAUUGUGUCAUUUCUCUACAGUCUCCUUUGUGUUUUUUAGUCAUUACUGUAAUGUCUUGACUCACUUGUGUUGUAACUUUCCUUGUCACAUUAAGGUUAAAACAAAAGGUAUUGAAAAAGUCACCUUUUUAUGCAUGUUGAUAUAACCACAAAUAAAUUAUUUAUAAUGCAUUUGUACAUUAAUUAUUAGUCAUUGUUUAACCCCGUUAUAAAAGGAACCUAAAUGUGAAGUGGUACCAUUUUCUUAGUAUGAGAGGGAAUAUGUGGCCAGUUUAUUUAACCAACAGAGACAAGCACUUAGCUUCAAGGCAAAUAAAUUUACCAAAUCAGACCUAAAGGACUUGCCCUAUGUUUAAAAAAUGUUUGUAUGGGGGUAAAAAAGAAGCAUGACAGUUUAAGAACCCUACUGAACACCCUUGUCUAGUAACUUCUAAUCAAGAGUUUUCAAAUUUGUGCUAAUGACCAUGGCAGCAUGGGAAUCCAGCCAGAACACUGCUCUAAUAUCCCCACACUGAUGCCUCAAUUGAUGGGAAUUUUUGCUAUGAAGAACAGAGUAAUAGACGUUUAGUUUCAUUGCUAAAUUACAGUGUCAAAUCUUUGGGGCAAAUGAUCAUUUCGUGAUAAUCUAUUACUUGUGAAAAUAUUAUUCAUCAUUAUGUUUAACAAGGUCCUUUGCAGCACCCUUAAAAUAGUGUUCCCUGGCCUUCUUUUUUAGCAUUGUUUUGGGAAAAUACAGUCAAAUGUUACUUUUGAUCACAGUUACUGUAAUAACUCUUGCACUAGUAGAGCAGCAGGGUUAUAGGUUACAGAUAAACCCCACUGAGUGUUUUUGUUUGGAAAAUCAUCAUAUUGUGUAUAUGAAUGUAUAAAACCAGCAUAUUUAUAUUUAAUGACAAACAUGUAAUAUAAUUACACAAAGAUAUUAUUAUAAGUAAACAAAAAAUAUCUUUAUAAAUUUAUUACAAAAUAAUUGUUGAAAAUGAAACAUAGUAACAUUAAUAUUAAUUGUGUAUUUUGCAUUUAAAGAUGGUAGAAUCAUAUUUACCCUUUCUCUGUUUAGGAAGUGACAUUAUUUCUGAAUCUGGAAAUUUUAUUUUCUCUAAUCUCUGUUGAUACUCUUUUAAAGGAAAGCUACAAUACAAUCAGCAUAUUAUAUUUGGUGUAUCAGAUGUGUUAUUAUAUACUGUAUAUGUGCAGUUAUGGAGCAGGAUAGAAAAUAGUGUAUAUUAUUUUGAUGUGGUGACUUGAUUAAUCACUAGGUUAAAAUGGGUCAGUGUGUUGUGUCCCGUCUUGUAUGUUGCUUGUCUGAUAAGAUGUCUGAUAUAAAUGACAAUAAAAGACAACUGACUGGUG